AUGUCCCGCAUAUGCUCCUCCAUACACGGUUACCGCGCAACAUUAGCACAACGCACACGAUCGCAUCCCGCAUUCAGAUCUUUCCGCACCUCUACCCGCCCACAACAUAUUCUCCCACAGCCCCUCCACUCCGGCUUCCGAUGGUCCUACCUCUGGUACGCCAGCAUCCUCGCCCUGGGCAUCUCUACCGGCCUCGGCGCACGCUAUUUCGCAGGUCCGCUCGGCCUCCCCCUGCCCGGCUCUCGCGAAGAUGAAAUUAUCCUCGACUCCCUCAGCACAGACAUAGAUAAUCUCGAAAUCGUACAAUCGCUACGCAGCCAGUCGUACAAUCUCAGCUCCGACACCUCACUGCGAUCAGGUCCUGGCCUGGGUAGUGAUAGUGGUAGUAGUGCUAGAGGCGGUGGCAGCAGAAAAAUAUCCGCGUACAAGGAUUGGCUGGAACUGGAUAUGGACUUGAGCAACGACAAGGAGGGCACAAAUGGAAUCUUGGGCGUUAUGAGUGGUACGCGGGGGCUCGGCGUCCAAAGGGCGUUUUGGAAUGCAAAUGCGCAGGAGAUGGUGGCUGUGGUUUGGAUUGGCGGGGGAUUGUCUGGCUGGCCAGGCGUCGUGCACGGAGGAGCGAUAGCUACGAUUUUCGAAGAAGUCAUGGCGAGGAUGGUCAAGGGACCUGAAGGACAUGUGGUAGAAGCUAGCCACCGCCCCAAUACCCUUGCUAUGGCCUACGCCAAACCAACUUACAGCCUCGACUUUUACAUUCUUCGCGCAUCCUUUCAAGAAUCAGAGAAUCCGGAUGCUGAGACACCGCUCCCAGACCCGGAAGCCGAACCCACCAGGAGCCGGCUCAGCUGGCUCAGCCCGAGCAAAGACUUGACCAAGAAGAAUAGUUCCGGAGAGCAGCCUGCUCGUGUCAUUGUGGGCACGCUGGAGAAUGUCAGGGGCGAUUUCUCUGCAGACGGCGAAAACGGGCAUCACAUGGACUGA